AACGAGAAAAAUAGGAAAAUUUUCGUUUUCCUUUAAGUUUUAUACAAAAACUGUGUUAUUUUUCAAUGUUAUUUUCAAGAAAUUCAAGAAAUAUUUUAAAAAUUGUCAAACAUGUCCUGCAUUACUCUCAAAGUGCUCAAUAUCCUGCAGUUGUAGCAUUAAGGCCUACAAAACUCAAAUCAAAGUCGAAAGAGCCCAGAUAUUUUACAGAUUCAAAAUAUGUUAGCGUUAUUGGUGGAAAAGGUGGUGAUGGUUGUAUAUCUUUUUUAUCACUGUGGGCAAACGAAUAUGCCGGGCCGGAUGGAGGAGAUGGAGGAAAUGGCGGGCAUAUAAUUUUUGAGGCGAGUAGAGAAGUUAAUAAUUUCAAUCACGUGGGUAGUCUUAUUCGUGCAGGUGAAGGAGAGAAAGGUGCAAAUAAAGAUUGUCACGGGAAAAAUGCAAAACAUACUACGAUAAAAAUUCCAGUUGGAACAAUUGUAAAAAGAAAUGAGAAAAUUGUAGCUGAUUUAUAUAAAGAAAAAUUGUCUUUUAUUGCUGCAAGGGGAGGUGCCGGUGGUAGAGGAAACCAUUUUUUCAUAUCCGAUACUCAGCAGGCUCCGGAAAUUUGUGAAUAUGGUGCUCGUGGAGAGGAAGCUAAAUAUCACUUAGAGCUCCGGACUAUGGCCGACGUUGGAUUUAUUGGAUUUCCCAAUGCUGGGAAAAGUACACUUUUGCAAGCAAUAUCAAGAGCACGUCCAAAAGUAGCUUCUUAUGCAUUCACCACUCUGAAGCCCCAUAUAGGAGUUGUACAUUACUCAGAUUUUUCACAAGUAAUGGUGGCUGAUCUUCCAGGGUUGAUUCCAGGAUCGCAUAAAAACAGAGGACUUGGUAUUCAAUUUCUAAAACACGCAGAACGUUGUCCAAUUUUGGUUUUUGUUAUGGACGCUUCGUAUGAAGAUUUAUAUUCACACUACAAAACCCUAAUUUUUGAAUUAGAACAAUUUAGUAAGAAAUUAGCUGCAAGACCGAAGCUUAUAGUAGCAAAUAAAAUUGAUUUGCCGGGAUCAAUCGAAAAUAUAAAAGAUUUAGAAAAGCAAGUAAAAAUAGAAAUUUUAGGAAUAAGUGGAAAAUAUGGGACAAAUAUAGGAUUAUUUUUAGGAAAAAUCAAAGAACUUGUAGAAAAAUAUAAAAGCGACAAUACAUAAAAUUUGUCUUAAAAAUUUUAUUUUUUUAAAUAAAAUGUUUAUA